AUGCCAGCUCAUAGACACACCAAGACUAUAUCAUUACCAUCAUCAUUGGCCUAUCUGACUCAUCACAAGCUAUGUGCAUGCCAGCGCUGUUCUGCAGAUUCCAAAGCAGGCCUUCAGAUUGCUCAAACCAUUCAAAAGCACCUUCAGAGAGAUGAGGAAGAAGAUAUCGAGGCAAAAUUGGCCUCCAUAUGUGAUCAGCAGCAGUUUCAGGCUGUGCAAUUUGAGAGUGUGGCUGGGUCAGAGGGUGUGGAGCCUGAGGAAAUGCCUCAUGAAGACCUCGACAUGCUCCACUCUUGCUUGGAUGCUGAGGAUACUGUGUCACCUGUGGCUAGUCUUGAUGAUGAAGGUGACUUUGCUGGUAAUGAAGAGUCUAAUGCCUCUUGUGCAAUGCUAGAGCUACUGGCAUCUGAGGAUGAUGAAGUCAAAGAUGGGCUCUCAGACACAACAGAAGAUGCACCUAGUGAUGAAGAAGAUGCAAUCGACAUACAUGGAAUUGUCCUCGGCCAAGUGGUGCAGGUGGAGUCGUCUUGCUAUCUAUCCUCAUUAGGCACUGCAAUGCACUGCAUACCACUGCCUAGGGUUAUCAUGGCCCUUCUUGUGCAAUUUGCGCUGUACUUCAAGACGUCCAUCAUGUCCCGCAUCACUGGUGCAUUCAUCCAUCUCAUUCAGCUCUUCAGCUAA